AUGAGUAAAGAUCCAGAAGAUGGUUUGCUGUACCAUUUCAAAUCAGCAGUUAGGGUGGGAGAAAUAGAUCGCUAUGUUAUAACAUAUAAUCUUUACGAUGAUGAUGAUGCUCUUCCGCCUGACAUUUCGUUGGACCCAUUGUGGUUGAAAAUCAGGAACAUAGAAAACUUUACGUAUAGAGCAGCAUAUCUAAUGGGUCCUUAUAUGCUCUAUUGUGAUGUUCGAACUGGAAAUUAUCACCACUCCCAGAGGCUUUUCAUAUCAGCGGAUCAACCGAAGUUUGAGCCUAACAUUCAACCGCAGCAAGACUUUGUAGUUGAGUUAUCUCUGCAUAAUUUGAAGAAACAAUACGUGUGGAUUGUAGAUGUAAUUAGCCAAAUCAUCUUCACUACCACUGCUCAAAUUGCUUUCGAAAUCUCGAUAGGGUCCACAAAGAAGAGCGUACUGAAGAGCAUCGAAUGCAGUCCGCAAUUAGGUUCUACGUCAUCGAGACUAACUGUCACAAGGCAAAAUACCCUGGACUUGUGGAAUUUGCCUCAGCAGUUAUCCCCUCACUGUCAUCAAAAGGAACAUCUAGUGAUUUUAACUCACGGGUUGCACUCUAAUGUAUCUACUGACAUGUUUUACAUCAAAGAACAAAUUGAGAAGUCUCAAAGGUACUACAAAGAUGAACAAAUCAUUGUGAAAGGGUUUAUGGGCAAUAUUUGUAAGACCGAAAAAGGUGUCAAAUAUUUAGGGACAAAGUUGGCAGAAUAUAUUGUAAAAGAGCUUUACAACGAAAGAAUUCAUAAAAUUUCCUUUAUAGGACAUUCCUUGGGUGGACCAGUGCAAACAUUUGCAAUAGCUUACAUUGCAGUGACUUAUCCGUGGUUUUUUGAUAAAGUUGAACCUAUUAACUUCAUAACUCUGGCUUCACCUCUGCUUGGCAUAGUCACCGAUAACCCAGCUUAUGUGAAUUUACUUCUUUCCUUUGGUAUUGUUGGAAAAACAGGUCAGGAUUUAGGACUUCAAGAAAAUGCAGACAAUGGUAGACCGCUUUUGUACCUUUUGCCCGGUGAGCCUACCAAAAGGGUAAUGAAGAUGUUCAAACGCCGUACAGUUUAUGCAAAUGCCACAAAUGAUGGUAUAGUGCCGUUGUAUUCAGCAGCAUUGCUGUUUUUAGAUUAUGAUGAGAUUCUUACGCAAUUGGAGAAUCUACCAGAAUAUCAGCAAAAACUAGCAGCUAGCUCUUCUGGUGAUUUCAUCAAAAAGAGCUUCUUGUCCCCGAUAUCCAAGGCUAUUAAUUUAUGGGCACCUCAAAAAAUCUCUACAGAUAAGGCAGCCAAACUGCCAAAAGUUUCAGUAAUCGAAUCUGCAGCUUCUGUAUUGAUUCAGCCUCUGCCCGACAAAGCAUAUAUUAUGGAUCCUGCAUCGAGAGAUAAUGUCAUCCUUCAUGAUAAAAUAUAUACGGAAAAGGAUAUACCCCUUCGUGAAUCACAAUCAGAAGACAACUUAUUAAAGAGCAAUAACUUGUUGUUGAAGGGAUUCACAAUGACACGAAAAGAAGGAAACCAGAAAUUGGAGGAAGAAAUUGCGAGGCGAUGGCACGAAGGUUUGAGCUGGCGAAAGGUUAUCGUAAGCUUGAGGCCAGAUGCACACAACAAUAUCAUCGUUCGCCGAAGAUUUGCAAACGCAUACGGCUGGCCCAUUGUGGAUCAUCUCAUUCAAAACCAUUUUAACGGGAUGGAUAAGACUUUCGAGGACAAAGAGCUCUUGAACGAGUCUGCAAUGAUAUCAAACGAAUCCACCGACAAUUUAGAUUGGAUUACUGAGCCAAAUAAGGAUAGUAUGUUUGAUGUCGGACCUACGGGGAUGAUUUCCACCGUGGGAGAAAUGAUUGAUUCUUUUGCAAGGGGAAAUCCAUUAUUAAGUGGUGUCGGAAACGAAACGUCUCCGGACGAGCCAUUUGCACAAGAAGACAUGUUCAAAUAUGACAAAACUAAUGGUAGCCUAAUCUGA